AUGUCCACAGCUUCUCUUCCCGCCUCUGUUGAGGCUCUCUCGCUCCAAUCCACCGCGCAGACAUCUCAGUUCCCAGGAUGCUUCCCGACACUGAACCCGAUGGAUAUUUACCGCCAGCACAUCGCGGAGGAGUUGAGCAAAGCCUCCGGUAUUGAUGCUCAGAAGAUCUACCCACGCAUUGCCUGGACCAGUACUUUGGACAAGGGUGACCUUUCAUUGCCGGUGGCUUCGCUUCAAAUUAAGCAAAACCCCGUGGAGCUUGCCAAGGAUCUUGUCUCCAAGUUCCCCGCCUCCGACCUUAUUCACCCCCCAACUCAGCUUGGUCCUCAUAUUCAAUUCUUCUGCAAACGUCAGCCAUUGUCCAACAAUGUUCUUGGCCGUAUCCUGAAGGAGAAGGCUGCCUAUGGAACAAAUGGCAACCAGGGUCAAAAGGACCCGUCCGACCCUUCCAAGGGCCAGAAGAAAAUCAUCAUCGAGUUCUCGUCGCCCAACAUUGCCAAGCCCUUCCACGCUGGUCAUCUGCGCAGUACCAUCAUCGGUGGCUUCCUCGCCAAUAUCUACACUGUUAUGGGAUGGAACGUCAUCAAAAUGAACUACCUCGGUGACUGGGGUAAGCAGUAUGGUCUGCUGGCCAACGGCUUCAAGGACUACGGCAAUGAGGAAGCUCUUAUCAAGGACCCUAUCAACCACCUGUUCGAUGUUUACGUCAAGGUCAACCGUCAGGUCAGUGAGCAGGAUGGACCUAUCAAGGAGCUGAAGGAACAGAUCAAGACCAAGAAGGAGAAGAACGAGGAUGUUGCUGAGCUCGAGGCACAGCUUGCCAAGCUUGUGGAUGUGAGCGAGGACGAGAAGGCCCGUCGCUACUUCAAGAGCAUGGAGGACGGUGAUCCGGAGGCUCUUGCUCUCUGGCGCAAGUUCCGUGAUCUUAGUAUUGAGAAGUACAAGCAGACCUACGCUCGUCUCAACAUUGACUUCGAUGUCUACUCCGGCGAAUCACAAAUCAAGUCUGAGAGCAUGACCGAUGCCUACAAGCUUAUGGAGGAGGCCGGUGUCUCCGAGAAGUCCGAGGGUGCUGUCAUUGUGGAUUUCACUAAGCACGGUGCCAAGAAGCUGGGCAAGGCUAUCAUUGUCCGCAAGGACGGCACCCCUCUCUACCUGACCCGCGAUAUCGGUGCCAUCACUGAGCGUGAUAAUGAGUACCACUUUGACAAGAUGAUCUACGUUGUUGCCGCCCAGCAAGAUCUGCACCUGGCUCAGCUCUUCAAGGUCACUGAACUUAUGGGCCAUAAGGACCUGGCCUCCCGUUGCCAGCACAUUAACUUUGGUAUGGUCCGUGGUAUGAGUACUCGUAAGGGUACCGUCAAGUUCUUGGAUGACAUCCUGCGUGAUGUUGGUGACAAGAUGCACGAGGUCAUGAAGAAGAACGAAGUCAAGUAUGCACAGGUCGAGGAUCCUGAGAAGACUGCCGAUAUUCUGGGUAUCACCUCCGUUAUGGUGCAAGACAUGACUGGCAAGCGUGUUAACGGCUACGACUUCAACCUGGAUGCCAUGACAUCCUUCGAGGGUGACACCGGCCCAUACCUGCAGUACGCUCACGCUCGUUUGUGCUCGAUGACCCGCAAGUCCGAGUUGGAUGUUAACGAGCUGGUUAACGCCAACUUCGAUCUUUUGACCGAGCAGCACGCUGUCGACUUGGUCCGCCUGCUGGCCCAAUGGCCCGACGUACUCCUGCAAACUGCCAAGACUCUUGAGCCCAUCACUGUCCUCAGCUAUCUGUUCCGCAUGACACACAUGUUGAGCUCUAGCUACGAUGUGCUAAAGGUGAUCGGUAGCGAGCCCGAUGUCAAGCAGGCGCGUAUGGCACUGUAUGCCUCGGCCCGCCAAGUUCUGAACAACGGCAUGCGGGUUCUUGGUCUCAGCCCUGUUGAGCGCUCGGGCUCGAGUCCCAAGGUUGAGCCCUAUAUUCAGCCUAAGCCGGGGACCACCUCGGACAACAAUGUGUUUGUCUCGACCCUUGACAGGGAUUUCAUGGGCGAUCAUCCACCCUUGAACGCAUCCAAGACCCUGGACCUGGAGCAAAAUGACAGCGGACACUUCUUGAUGAAUGAGACUGUUCGGAACUUCUCCUGGCAGGGUUUAACGGUCACCGUCAAGGAUCGUGAAACAAAGAGAUCCCGCGAUCUGCUUAAUGAUAUUAGCGGUGAUGUGCAGCAUGGGGAGCUCGUUGCCCUAAUGGGCCCAUCAGGCUGUGGCAAGACCACACUCCUCAACGUGCUGGCUCGACGUGCAGCGUCAUCUGGUGCGAAGGUUCUCGGGGAGACCUACGUGAAUGACGCAGAGGUAGACUCGCGGACUUUCCAGCGGGUGACCUCGUACGUCGAACAGGAAGAUGUGUUGAUAGGGUCAUUGACGGUGCAGGAGACUUUGAAGUUCGCGGCGGAUCUUUCGCUGCCCAGCUCUGUUUCGAAACGUCAGCGCAUGGAUCGGAUCCGGACACUUUUGGAAGCAUUUGGUAUUCAGAACCAGGCAAACACGUUGGUCGGCACGCCGAUUCGGAAGGGUAUCAGUGGUGGUCAGAAGCGACGUGUGAGUGUGGCUAGCCAGCUCAUCACUAAUCCAAGAAUUUUAUUCUUGGAUGAGCCUACAAGCGGUCUAGACUCGACCGCCAGUUUUGAGGUGAUGUCGUAUGCAAAGCAGCUCGCACAGGCCAAUAACCUUCUCAUCAUUGCGAGUAUCCAUCAACCAUCAACCUCGACUUUCCGGCUCUUUGAUAAGCUGCUGCUUCUCUCAGCAGGAAAAACAUGCUAUUUUGGGGCAAUUUCAGCCGUGGAGAAUUACUUCAGUGAAAUUGGCUAUCCAAUCCCCGCGAAUACUAACCCUGCUGAAUUUCUCUUGGAGACUGUGAGUUCUGAUUUUGACAACUCGAAGGACUUGGCGGAGGAGAGACUCAGGGCGAUUCAGACUGCCUGGGCAAAUUCCACUCAGGCAAAAUCAGGAACAAGGCAAGUAUCUGAGCGUGUACGCUCGACAGAGAAACUUGUCAACAAAGACUCCAUGGAAGAAACGGCUCGAGCGGGAACCGGUUCGAUUACUGUAGCUCUACUGCAUCGCUCAUUUGUCAAGUCUUACCGCGAUGUCAUCGCUUAUGGAAUCCGCAUUGCUAUGUAUCUUGGAUUGGCUAUCAUGAUGGGCACAGUGUGGCUACGUCUUCAUCCAUCGCAGGAGUAUAUACAGCCGUUUAUCAACGCCAUUUUCUUUGGCUCCGCAUUCAUGUCUUUCAUGGCCGUAGCAUACGUCCCAGCGUUCCUCGAAGAUCGGGCAAUUUUCACCAAAGAACGAGCCAAUGGGCUAUAUGGUGUGACGCCAUUCAUGAUCUCAAACUUUCUCAUUGGCCUUCCCUACCUGUUCUUGAUAUCUCUCCUCUUCUCUAUUGUCUCAUACUGGCUUUCCAAUUUCCAACCCACCGCAGAGGCCUUCUUCACCUGGGUGAUGUGGAUAUUCCUUGACCUUGUGGCGGCGGAAUCCUUAGUAGUUCUCGUGACAUCGAUAUUCCCAAACUUCGUAAUUGCCUUGGCGCUUGUCGCAUUUGCAAAUGGGCUUUGGAUGAGUGUCGGAGGGUUCAUGGUCACGCAGACGAUCCUCAACCCCUUCUGGAAAUACGUGUUCCACUACAUUGAUUACCAGGCUUAUGUCUUCCAGGGCAUGAUGGUCAAUGAGUUCUCUAAGCGAAAUUACUCGUGUGGUGCCGAUUGCCGGUGCAUGUGGUCUACUGACCUGGAAGAUCAGUGUCUUAUUCGGGGCACUGGGGUGCUAGAAUCGUAUGGAUACUCCACUGGUAGAACGGGGAAGUGGGUUGGAAUUCUUUUGGGCAUAAUUGCGGGAUAUCGAAUCCUUGGCUGGAUUGCUCUCUAUCUGCGCAAGAAUUAG